CUCCAUUCUCUCCUCCUCCUCCGGCUCCCCUUCCAGCGCCGCUCUGUCCCCGGUAGUGACGCUGCCGCUGCGCGGCUCUACGAGGGCCGCGUCCGGCACUCGCGCCGGCGGCCGGCGGCGAACGCCUUCGAGUACCCCGUGCGCUACGCUCUCGUCGACCUCGACCGCAUGCCCCUCCCGGACCACCUCUCCGCCGACGACGCCCGCCGCGUCGCCUCUACCUCCGGCCCCCUGCAUGGGGUAUGAGCAGAACCCGCUCAGCAUCUACUACUGCUACGACUCUGCAGCACAGGAACAAGAUGGAGAGCUAAAGAUGUGCAUUGCUGAGGUCACAAACACUCCCUGGGGAGAGAGGGUGAUGUUUACCUUCCAACCAGGUUCUGAUCUCGUCGCGAAGCCCUUACAUGUCAACCCCUUCAUGGCCUUCAGACUUUGGCUGAAGAAUGUCAAAUUUCUGGACCACCCCAGGUAUUCGAACCUGAGUUACAGGGAUAAAGCACUGAAGCUUGAUCUUGAGAUACGCUCCUCUUGCAGCUUCCUUCAGAACCAUAAGGUGAACAACCAAAGAAGCAGCAUCACUGACAAGACGACCGGAAUCUCCAACCAUGUAGAUAACAAGGGCGAUGGGAACAUCAUAAAGGGGUGGUGCGUAUGGAGGGAUGCUCAAUGGCCAUGGUCAUGACAAUACUUAGAGAUACCAUUUUGUGUUCAGUGUAAUGUUGUUUGACGCUUCCCUGUAUGAUAAAACAUCACUCACCAUUUGAUUUAGAAAAGUGUUCUGUGACAUGUUUUCCUGGAGAAACAUUUUCUUCAGUUUU